UGACCUCUCUCUCUCUCUCAUCAUCUUCCACACGUGACAAAAUUAAUUUAGCGAUUCAUUUCUCGUCAAUUGGUUCCUUCUUCUUAAUAAUAUCCAAUUAUAUGUAUGGAUACAUACACACAUAUAUGUGUGUGUCAGCUUUGAACAAUAAGGUGGCGGACCGAAGGGACAAAUCAGAAGCCGACCCCGAAGAGAGCUCCGGCGACAGAGACCUCGACAGGUGGUUGUUCGGUAACUUCAGCGGCCAGCAGACUUCGCCGCCCCAGCCCGUGCAGUUCCCGUCCUUGCCAGUUCCCCAGAUCGACAGAGAGAGGGAGAUGUCUGCUAUGGUGUCAGCCCUGACCAGGGUCGUGUCUGGCGAGAGCGCCCCGGUCGACCGGGCUGAUACGAGAGAGAUGGGCCGCGACGGAGGCUCUUCGUCGGGCAGCGGGGUUGGCCGGAAAAGGGCGCAUGAGGAUGACGAUGAUCAGUUGGGCGGCGUGUCGGUGCAUGGCGGGGAGGGCCAGGAGGCUCUUCGAGAAGCUCCCGGUGGUGAUUUCCCACGUGGAGGCUUGUCAUCGUUAGCUAGUCAAAGAGCGUUAAUAAUAGAAGGAUCAAGUACAAGAUCAUCAUCUGAAUCUGAUCCAUCGCAACAAGCCUUCACACAAACGUAUGAAUACGCUCAUCAACCCUCACUAAUUAGUAAUACAAACAUGGAUGAGCCCCGGAGAAAGUAUAGAGGAGUGAGGCAAAGGCCGUGGGGCAAAUGGGCGGCUGAAAUCAGAGACCCUUUCAGGGCCUCUAGGGUUUGGUUGGGCACCUUCGACACUGCCGAGGCCGCUGCCCGUGCCUAUGACGAGGCUGCCCUUCGGUUCCGGGGCAGCAGGGCAAAGCUCAACUUCCCGGAGAACGUCAGGCUCAGGGCCCCGCACCAGCCCCCCGAACUGAUCAAUCACCCCAGCGCCGCCGCCCACACGGUCAGUUCUAUGCCCGGAAGCAGCGAAAGUAGUGUCAGCAUUGCCUCUGUGCCCAUCAUUUCGACAUCAUCAUCAUUGAUUCGUCAACCCAUGAGUCUAUCCGAUCAGAUGUUCUUCGCAGGCCGAUCGUCUCACCAAAUUCAGUCAUCAUUAUCAUCUUCCAGUAGGCCAUUAUUGCGGCUUCCUUCCACAGCCUCUUCUAUGAGCUCAUCGUCUUCUUCUCCCCUUCCGCCGCCUGCUGCCCAGUUCUUUCCAGUGCUGCGACCAGUCAGGCCCAGGCCGAGCCCGCCAAGCAGUUCUCAAACAAGUGAUGAAGUAUUUCCCUUGCCUCCUUGGUCAGAUUCUAGCCACUAUAGUUCAUCAUCAUCUCCUUGAUAGUUGUUAGGUUUUUCAUUUUUUUUUUAAUGUUAUUCUUAGAUUUUUGUCCGAUGAGAUCUCCUCCGCUUACCCACUGAAACCAACGAUCAUCUGCCAGGCGUUGAUUCGGCCCCGGGCAAAAGAUUGUUAUUCCUAGUUUUUUCUUCCCCCCCUCGGGGGAUACACAUUGACUUAUGAUUGAUGGUACACCAAUGUUCUCAAAUAAUAACAAACUGGAUGGAUAAA